GAAUUCGUCAUCAGUGUGGCAUCAUUCUUAAUGGAAAUUAUACCUGUAGGACUCCGUCACCACUACACACAUUUUUCAUUAAUCAAUAAUUUCCCCUCCUUAUCUUUCUUUCUGUCUUUCUUUCAAUAAAUUUGUUUUCCAUCCUGCCUCUGUUGUACCAAAAUUUAAAGAUGAUGUUAAUGACGAAUAAGAUGGUGCGACGAGCAUUUGCGGCACUGAUGUAUUUGCUAAUGUCAUCACUGGCGAAGGUGGAGGCGAUGAUGCGAAGACGGAGACAAAGGCAGAGUGAAAAUGAUAACAACGACGGUUAUUGCCUGAGCUGGAGGUUAGGAGUGGAGGCCAACAAUGUGCGGUCGUGGAGGACAGUGCCACUGGAAUGCUACAAUCACGUGCAGCAGUACAUGACUGGUGGUCAGUACCUGCAGGAUAUGAACCUCAUCGUUAACCAAAUCGUUGCUUAUGCUUUUCAGAUUACUCUUUCCCCUGAUUCCAUGGAUGCUUGGAUUUUGGACGUCGAUGAUACCUGCAUCUCUAACCUUUCUUAUUAUCAGGGACACCGAUUCGGAUGCGAUCCAUUUGAUUCAGCAAAAUUCAAGGCAUGGAUUAUGAAGGGAAUGUGUCCAGCAAAUCCUGCCGUAUUACAAUUGUUCAAGACACUGAGAGAGAGAGGAUUCAAGGUAUUCUUGCUAACUGGAAGAGACCAAGCAACACUUGGUAAAAUUACCACUGACAACUUGCAUAACCAAGGUUUCAUUGGCUAUGAACGUCUUAUUUUGAGGACGGCAGAAUACAAAGGGCAAAGUGCAGUGAGAUACAAGUCAGCAAUUAGGAAGGAGAUUGAAGGACAAGGUUACAGAAUAUGGGGCAACGUUGGAGACCAGUGGAGUGAUCUCCAAGGAGAGUGUUUGGGCACUCGUACUUUCAAGCUCCCAAAUCCCAUGUAUUUCAUUUCUUGAUGAAUUACCUCAUCAACUUUUUUUUGGCUAAUUAAUCCUUCUAUAUAAUUAAAGUAUCCUACCUCUCAAAUGGUUGUUAUUGGUGGUCCAAAAUGAUUUCUCCCCAAUUUGUACUCAGGAAAUUAUGCUUAGUUUGGCCACUCAAUUAAUUUAGAGCUUUUCCUUAUUAUUAGCCGUAUUUUAAAUUUUAAAUAAUAUAUCACUAUGGUACAUCAAGUUUAAAGUAAAGAAAAAGUAUUGUUGUUAUGAGUUU